UUCACUAUGUUUGUUAAUGCAAGCGCUAUAUCACCAGAUUCUCCUCUUCGGUCUCCUCACAUCAUAUGAAUCAGGAAACCCGGAACAUUUAAAAGUCACGUGAUACACUCCUGUCACGUGAUCAAAGCUGGCGUCUUCAGCGAGCGCCACAUACAUCCAAACAACACCUUUCUUAAUAUUUCUCCGGUUUUAAUAUGCGUCUUUGUAUAAUUUUUGCUAACGUAAACAUUGCUAGAAACGGAAUAUAUGCAUGCGGUUGUGGAGAGAUGCUUAUAUUUCGCAAAUGACGGGUGUUUCACUACCGCAUAUUGUGGAGGCUUCAACACAGCUGAGCUUGUUUCCAUAGAAACGGAUAGUGCUAACGGAUGCUAAGCUGACUUUUACACAGCUCCGUGCAUUAUGAAACGUCUGCUUAUGAAUUAUUUCUAAUCUCGUGGAAGCGUUGUUGCUGCUCUGUGUGAACAUGAGGUGAAAUUUUAGCAGAGAUUCCCUGUUGAGAAGAGCCGAUCACACCCCCCGAGGAGCGAUGUCUCAGUUCUCCACCGAGGAUGAGGCAGAGCUCCAGACCCUGCUGCGAAAGCUCCUGAAAAGUGUCAAAGACAGAAUCUCAGGAGCACCAUCGGUAGAAUGUGCUGAAGAGAUCCUGCUUCAUUUGGAGGAGACUGACAAGAACUUUCACAACUAUGAGUUCGUGAAGUAUCUAAGGGAGUAUGUGGAGAGCAGCUUGGGAGCGGUUAUUGAAGUAGAGACUGAGAAUUUUACUAAGGGUGAAGGUCAUGCUGUUGGGUCCGGGCAGGACACCCUGGUGCAUGCUGUUACAAAGAACACAAGGGAGUCUACACAGUAUAAACAGAUGAUGCAAACUCUGAAGCAGACGAUGAUGAUGGUUGUGGAGUCACUGAUCAAUAAAUUUGAAGAAGAUCAGAUGAAAAGAGAGGAAAUGGACCGGAAGAUCCAGCACCAGCAGUCAAUCAGUCAGUACACUGACAACUGCUCUGACAGUGACUCUUCAUUCAAUCAGAGCUAUGCAUUUAUUAAACACGAACAACUGCAAGUCAUCGCUGAGAAGCUUGACCCCGGUAGACCGCGAGAGGUUCGCUGGGAAGCUUUGCAGUCUCUCUGCCAUGCCCCUCCUUCUGAUGUCCUGAGCUGCGAAAGCUGGACUGGUCUUCGCAGAAACCUCUCUACAGCACUCACUGACCCAGACCCUGAGCUCAGCGAUAAAGUUCUCCAGUUUUUUGCAAAAACAUUUUCAUCCUCUCCAUUAAAUGUGACUAAGGAUAUCUACGCUAGCAUAGCAAAAACUUUGGAGGCUCAUUUCCUUUACCACAAGUUGAGUUUUCCCAGUGGCACUACAAGUAUUGAUGCAAACAGACCAGAUAUGGCCCGUCUCCUCAAACAAAUGCGAUUAAUGAAUGACUUUCAAAAGGAAGUGACAACAUUUUGGAUACGACAUCCAGAGAAGUACAUGGAAGAAAUCAUUGAAAACACCCUGUCUCUUCUUGCUCUGCAUUCUGAACAGGGCAUGAGCAGUCCUGGCUCAGAGAAAUCCCUAGAGCCUAUUCACUUAAUCUCUCUGCUGGAUAUCAAAGCCACCUGGUUUAAGAAAUGGAUGCAUGGUUACUAUAGCAGAACUGUUGUCUUAAGACUUCUUGAGAGGAAAUACAAGUCUUUGAUUGUUAAUGCGCUGCAACAGUGCAUUUAUUACUUUGAUUCCUGUGAUGCAGUAAGUGAAGAGACCUUGGAAAUGAUCCACAGCCUGGAACAUCAGCAGAUUGGCCCCACUGGAAGAACUCUCUACACAUCUAAAGAGCUGGAGUUUGUUUAUUUCGUUCAUUCGCUGUGUGUUCUCGGGAGGCUUGUGAUGUACACUAAUGGAAGGAAAUUUUUUCCUAUUAAAGUGAAGAAGCGAAGAGAUCCGGUAACUUUGACCGACUUAGUCGUGAUUCUGAUCAAUAUAAUGUACCAACACCCAAAACCAUCCUGCGGUGAGACGGCACUUGCAGAUACCCUGUCCCCCACUAAUCUUGUGAUGGAGGUGUUAAGGACCCUGUGUGACCGCACUGAGUGUGCUGUGGAGUGUCUCUACCAAAUCCCUGUUAUUGAGACUCUGCUGGCUCCUCUUAUCACUCUGCUCACAGGAAAGCUGCCAAAAUUAAAUUCCGUCGAAAGUGCCCUGACUCACACAGCAGACACGCUGGCGAGGAUUGCUACCACAGAACGAGGUUUAUCACUCCUGCUUUAUGACAGAAAUCUCAUCUCGGCCGAGGGUGAAAGCAUUUCAGCAGCACAUCUAAUAGUGCAGUUUACCCAGAAGCUGUUGGCAAAGGAGCUGCAAGUGGAGAAUUCUUCUGGCAUGAGCGGGGCCUUCAUCUUCGUCUGUCGGCAGAUGUACAACACCUGCGAGGGCCUGCAAGUUCUGCGGCCGUACAGCCUGCAUGAGUGCAUUGCUCAAGCCUGGAGAACGACAAGCUCAAUGUCGGAAAGAGUUCCCACUCCUGUUCCUGGAGCUCCCCCAGUACUGGCGUCCCAGGAGCUGCAGAGCGUGGUGGCCUGGGAAGAGAUGCUGUUAGACAACCUGUUGAAUUUUGCAGCCACACCAAAAGGACUUCUGCUUCUUCAACAGACUGGAGCCAUUAACGAGUGUGUCACUUACAUGUUCUCAAGAUUCACCAAGAAACUGCAGGUCAGCAGAUGUGAGAAGUUCGGUUAUGGUGUUAUGGUGACCCAAGUGGCCACUACAGCCCCAGGAAUUGUGGCCUUGCAAACCUCAGGAUUUGUCCAGACAAUUGUGGUGGAGCUGUGGUCAGCUUUGGAAUGUGGACGAGAGGAUGUAAGGGUGGUCCAUCCAAAAUCUACUCCAAUGGACCCUAUUGACAGGAGCUGCCUCAAGUCCUUCCUGUCUCUAGUGAAUCUGCUUUCUUCACCUCACGCUGUGUGGGAGCUUCUGGGACAUAGAGCACUUCCUAACAAGACCGAGUACAAUCUGAGGGAGAUGGCCACAUCAGUUUUAGACCUGAUGGACCGUCUCAUCAUUAUUAACUCAGACGCAAAGAUUCACUCUCUUUUCAACUAUGAACAGUCCCACACGUUUGGCCUGAGACUCCUGAGCGUGCUUUGCUGUAACCUGGAUUCUUUUCUGCUGCUGGAGUCUCAGUAUAAACUUACUGACUUGCUGCUUCAGGGUCAGAGGGGCAAUGUCACAGAGCCACCAUCAGGUGAAGGGGAAUUCAUCAUUGAUGGACUGUCUGUGGAGAGAAACCACAUCCUAGUUCGAAUCUGUGCAGUUGGCGGUCCAUCUGAGAGAAAACUUCCUCCUAGAGCCUUGCAGAAAGGGAAUGACCCUUACCCAUGGCCAAUAGUGUCUACCUACCCUCUGCCUAAGUAUUAUAUAUUCGACGUGCCCAAGAUUCUUCGGACUAAACAGGAGUCGGAAAUUGGUGCUUUCCUUACCUCGUCUAAAGAAACAGAGAAGGAUGCUAGCUGGAUGGAUGACUGCAGGAGACAGUUCUGCAAGAUCAUGGCGACAAAGUCAAACACUCUCACAGGAUACGUGCUUGCCGAUCUGUUGGAGAUGGUCGUUCUGCAUCUCUCGUCUUCAUCCAAUGACUGCUUCUUUCCACCGGCAGAAUAUAAAGUGGUGGAUCACAGUGUAAAGACUCGAAGCCUGUCGUCUGUGGAGCAGUUAGGUGUGGAAAUAUCACUCAGGUAUGGCAAGUUCCUGAAGCUGCUGAGAGAAGAUUCAGAGCAGGAUUUGUGUCUUCUGCUGAAACACUGUCAGGAGUUUCUCUCUCAGCAACGUGUCAAGGUCACCUCUGAGCUCUCCUAUUUUCAAGGUGGUUAUCCUGGUCACGAUUGGUUUGCUUCUACAGUUUUUCUGCUCAUGCACGGUGAUGUGGGCCGCUCUCUGAGUUUGCUCUUGCGUUUCUCCCGUCUGCUGCCGUCUGCCUUCCUGUGGCCCCCGAGACUGCACAGCUCUGUUCAUCUCCCUAUAGAGAUCGCUCAGUCAGCUAUUCAUCCAAUCUACUCCUGCACCGCUCAUUACGUAGAGAUGUUGCUCAAGGCUGAGGUUCCUCUGGUUUUUUCUGCCUUCAGAAUGUCUGGCUUCACUCCUUCUCAGAUCUGUAUUCAGUGGCUUGGCCAGUGCUUCUGGAACUACCUGGACUGGCCCGAGAUCUGUCAGUAUGUGACCACCUGCGUCAUUAUGGGACCAGAUUACCAGGUCUACACAUGUGUCUCUGCUCUCCGUCACCUACAGCAGGACAUCCUGCAGCACACACAGACACAAGACCUGCAGGUCUUCCUUAAGGAGGAACCAAUCCACGGCUUCAGAGUGAGUAAUUACCUGGAGUACAUGGAGGGGCUGGAGCGCAGCUACAGAUCCAUGGUGCUCUCGGACAUGAGGAGCAUCUUACCGAGGAGCAGCUAGAAGGAAAUACACCACUGAAGAACAGCAGGGACUGAAAGUGCUUGUGGUACAGAAUGAGACUGAAGAUUGAACUAAGGUUGUUUUGUAACACAACAUGCUCGAUGUGCGAAGAGGCUGCUGAUCCGUUGAACACCCUGUGUAUUUCCAUUUGCUUUCAUUCUCUUUGGUUUUCUGAAUCUUAUUCUAUACUCGAGUAUUCACACUCAGGGGACCAUAAAUAUAAGAAGGCAAACUCUUUAGAGCUGUAUCACCUCUCAGUGUGUGGCAAGCCAUUUUAACAUUUAGUCUAUUUUCAUGUUACUAUUACUUAUUUAUAUGCACUUGUAUUACUACGUAUGUGCAUUCAUAUUACUUCUGAUAAUGUGUCUUCCAUUAUGUAUUAGUGCUUCAUUUAAUGACUAGUGCUUAUUCUUUAGGGAUUAGUAACUUUUUAAAAGAUCAUUCGUUAGAUACUAGUCUCUAUUUAAUACAUACUUAUUUUUUAGGUACUCGUACUUCUAGAUUGUAGCUAUGACUAGUAACUACUCUUGUUACUACUAUCAAAAGUUUUUUUUUUUUUUUUU